AUGCAAACUCUCAAAUGCGUUGUGGUAGGUGAUGGUGCCGUGGGUAAGACAUGCUUGUUGAUUUCGUACACUACAAACCAGUUUCCAGCUGACUACGUGCCCACUGUUUUCGAUAACUAUGCGGUCACAGUGAUGAUUGGCGACGAGCCGUACACACUGGGUCUUUUUGACACAGCUGGUCAAGAAGAUUAUGACAGAUUGAGACCGCUAUCAUACCCUUCCACGGAUGUGUUCCUGGUGUGCUUCAGUGUGAUUUCACCACCAUCGUUCGAGAAUGUCAAAGAAAAGUGGUUCCCAGAGGUACAUCACCACUGUCCUGGUGUGCCAUGCCUUAUCGUAGGCACUCAGAUAGAUCUGAGGGAUGAUAAAGUGAUUAUUGAAAAGUUGCAGAGACAGAGGUUGCGCCCCAUUUCAGCUGAGCAGGGAGAGAGGCUAGCACGCGAGCUCCGCGCGAUUAAGUACGUGGAGUGCUCAGCGUUGACGCAGCGCGGCCUCAAGAACGUUUUUGAUGAGGCCAUAGUGGCCGCACUGGAGCCUCCUGUUAUCAAAAAGAGCAAGAAGUGCACUAUUUUAUAA